UUAUUUAUUAAACAAAGAACGACAUCACAACACAAUCUCCAACCAACCAAAGAAAUCCAAAUUUAAAUUUUUUUCCUAACUUAACAACAUCUGAAUAAAAAUAAAACCAUCCACCAUUACGAUCAUCAUUAUGUUCGAUCUACCACCAAAAUGCCCGGCAUUGACCAACAAAUUGACGGGCAUUUUCGGUUGGCGUCACACCUACAAAGUUUCGGCCAAACACGAGGGCAUCCAACAUUCCUAUUUACAAAAGUCCUACUCCCUGACACUGCCCACGAAGCGGCCACCCUCACCGUAUGGUUAUGUAAAGGAUCCCGAUGCCUGGGUUUCGGUACAUCAUUUACAGACACAAUGCGGUAUCUUGGACCCGGACGACUGUGUCCGUGAUGUGGCCGAUGAUCGUGAAUACAUUCACGCCAGCUUUGAAGAUUCUGGACCGGAUCCAGGUGUGCCACAGGGUGGUGGAGAUGGAGCCUCGGGCAGUUCAUCCGUUGGCACAGGAUCACCGGAUAUUUUCCGUGAUCCCACAAACACAGAUGCACCCACCAAUGGUGGCCACAUCGAUAACUCAACACCUCAUAUUGAGGUGACGAGCACAACGGCAUGCCCCAUCACAGGGUUGGGCCUACAGGUUCGACGCAGCAGUGAUCCAAAUUUAUUGGCCUCCCUUAAGGCGGGGGAGAAUGGCAACAAACGUUGGUCUGCCGCCGCACCACAUUGCGGUGGUGGGGAUUCACCCGACAGGGUGUUAAUGGAAAAAACUGGCUAUCUACCCCCUCAAUGGGAGGAGGAAGAUGAUGGGGGUCCACAUCAUGUACAGGCUGCCCAUGCCGCCCAUCAACCCUUUGCCCGUUCGGGACGUUUAUCAAUGCAAUUUUUGGGUGACGGCACCGGUUACAAAUGGAUGGAGGCCGCCGAAAAGUUGCAACAACAAAAUCAAUACCCCUCCGCCACACAACAGGCCUCAGGUCAACAUCAUUCCCAACAUGCCCAGCAACAGACAAAUUUCUUCUCCAGCAAAUCCCUGCCUCGAGAGAGUACCCGCAAAGAACCCCUCGGACAGGCCUAUGAAUCGAUACGAGAAAAAGACGGAGAAAUGCUUUUACUCAUCAAUGAGUAUGGCAGCCCCCUAGGUCUGACCGCCAUACCGGACAAUGAACAUGGCGGUGGCCUGCUGGUCCAACACGUCGAACCCGGUAGUCGCGCUGAGCGUGGCCGUUUGCGCAAAGGAGAUCGCAUACUCGAAAUUAAUGGCACCAAACUAAUUGGCCUUACCGAACUUAAGGUACAGGAAUAUCUACGCAAAGCUUUGGAAGCUUCAGAGUUAAGGGUGCGCGUAAUACGCGGCAAUAGCAGCAAGGAUAGUAAAUAUCGUCGCCGUGACUCGAAAGUGGCUGAAAUGAUUGAGGCCGAAGAGAAAAUGUCUACAGGUGUAGAAUCGAAAGUGGCCACAGUAUCGCCCACUCGAAAACCCCAUACCGCUCCCGUAGGAGCUUCACUACAAGUGGCCAACACCCGAAAAUUGGGCCGUAAAAUAGAAAUUAUUUUAAAGAAAGGACCCAAUGGUUUGGGUUUCUCCGUCACCACUCGAGAUAAUCCUGCCGGUGGCCAUUGUCCCAUAUACAUUAAGAAUAUCCUACCCAAGGGUGCAGCCAUUGAGGAUGGCCGUUUGAAACCGGGAGAUAGACUAUUGGAAGUUGAUGGUAUUCUUAUGACGGGUAAAACACAAACAGACGUGGUCUCCAUUCUGAGGGCGACCCAGCCGGGUGCCACAGUCCGCUUGGUAGUUUCCAGGCAAACGGAAUUGGCCGAACCGGAGGAAAGGGAAAUCAAUUUCGAAAACAAAGAAAAUGAAUUUGACUCACCCCCGAAGCCACCGGCACCUGUUCUACCACAAACGCCACACUAUGAGGUAAAGAAGUCGCAAAGUGCCCGCUCCCUCUUCGAACAACAUCAGCAGCAUCAAAAUCACAAUCUAAAUGAAUCUCAGCAUUUUAUUGAUGCCGGCAGUGAAUCGGCAGCGUCAAGUGACAGCCUACAAGCCGGCUUAUCCUGGCGUUCUCGGGAAAUGCUAACGCUACACAUACCCGUACACGAUACCGAAAAGGCGGGUUUGGGCGUUAGCGUUAAGGGAAAAACCACAACCAAUUUGACGGGCUCUUCGAAUGGCAGUUCUACGGGUUCCAUGAAAAAUGACGGGGAUUUGGGUAUAUUCGUUAAAAGUGUUAUACAUGGUGGUGCCGCAUCGCGAGAUGGUCGUUUGCGUAUGAACGACCAGUUGAUAAGUGUCAAUGGUGUUACCCUAUUGGGGCAGAGUAAUGCCGAAGCCAUGGACACACUGAAACGUGCCAUUGUCAAUAAUCCAGGAAAACAUCCAGGCAUGAUAACACUGCAGGUUGCACGUAAAAUUACCCGAUCGUCGAGUUCGGGUGAUAUACUCGAGCACACCAAUGAAAGUUCCAAUACCAGUGAGAAUAGUGGUGCCACGGUUAUUUAUUUGAGUCCCGAGAAAAGAAGCGAUCACAAUCGUAAUGCAGCCGGUGGUUCAUCGGCAUCAAAUGAAAUGAAUCGUUGGAGCAACCCCGUUUUAGAUCGCCUAACCGGUGGUGCUUGCUCCGGCAGUUCAACACAAAAAGGCCGUUCAAAGCCAUCACUGGAACGGCAACGGUUAUGUCAACUGGCGGCGGUGGUGGUGAGUGGUGCUCAUGCUCUACGUAAUGAGAGCUAUUACAUGGCCACAAAUGACACCUGGUCCCCAGCCAAUUUCAAUCAUAAUCAAAAGCUUAUCAAUAAUUCUGUAUUGAUAGAACAUGAUCCGGAACCAACAUCACCUACCCUACCACAUAGACCAAAUGAGUCUAUUGCCUCCAGUAUAACCAACAAUUCCUCCAAUGGAACCCAAUCUGCCAUUAGCAGCGGAGGAGCUACAGGAGGACCACAAAAUUUCGAUGCCACCUAUUCAUCGCAGUUGAGUCUGGAAACAAAUUCCGGUGUUGAGCAUUUCAGUCGUGAUGCUUUGGGCAGACGUUCUAUAUCGGAAAAACAUCAUGCCGCUCUGGAUGCUCGAGAAACAGGAACCUAUCAACGCAACAAGAAAUUGAGAGAAGAACGUGAACGGCGUGUGGCCCAAACGAAAUCGGCAAUUUAUGGUUCAAUGGAAUCAUUGACGGCAAGAAUUGCCGAAGCCAACUCCAGAAUUCCCGGCUAUAAACAUGCCAAAACCAACUCGGGAAUAGAACAACAACAAUUGCAGUCGGAAUCUAGAGAUCAAGUUGGCGAUUUGGGUCCUUCGUUGGGUUUGAAGAAAUCCUCAUCGCUGGAAUCCUUGCAGACCAUGGUGCAGGAGAUACAAAUGUCCGAUGAGCCAAGGGGUGGACCAACAACGUUGAGGGCUCCCCGGGGCAGGGGUCGGGAGGAGAGUCUAAGAGCUGCUGUCUCUAGUGAUCAUGAUGUUAAGAAAGCUAAACAAACCUGGCUUUUGGAAGAUGGCGACCCCUCCGAGGGUGGUUUUAAUCAACGCAAUGGUCCCUGUCAAUCCUCCUUGAAUGAUGGCAAAAAAUCUCGUGCCAAAAAGCCGGGCAUUUUGCGUGGCAUCGGCUACAUGUUCCGUUUUGGUAAAAAUCGCAAAGACGGCGUCACACCGGUCGAGUCCCAGCCUCCAAUUACAAAUAAUGCGGCCAAUGAAAGAACUCCAGCCAAUAAUCAAAUUCCAGUGGCAGCCUUGGCGGCUUUGGAUCGUAAUCCCAAAUUGGCACCACCAGCCUAUCAACCUCCACCACCAUUGCCGCCAGCCAAUGCCAAUGGUACGGGUGGCGGAGGAAGCAACAGCAGUGAAGCCAUGGCGGCAGCCUUAGCUGCUGGUAUCCAUCAAAAUGACAUUUUCAAUCAUCGCUAUCAACACUAUUCGAAUUAUGAAGAACUACACAAUCAUCAUCAACAAAUUAGCGAUGAUAACUGCUCAAAUAGUGAUGUUUUAUCGGAAUCAACCUUAGAAUGCAUGCGUCAACAGGUUCUAUGGCAGCGCCUUAAAGUCGAAGCAGAAAGUCGACGUCAUCAACAUUAUCAUUCGCAACGCAGUGCGCGCUCACAGGACAUCAAUAUGCAAAACUAUUCGCAUAACAACAAUCACCACAACAGCAAUAGCAACAGCAACAACAACAAUAACUUAAACACCAGUAGCAAUAGUAAGAAUAGCAGUAUUCGCUCCACAAAUCCCAUCUAUUACGACUAUGAGACAGCACAACAUAAUCUAAGCCAAAGCUCAUCAUCAGCGGGCCCAAAUAAUCCCUCAUUAAAUGGUAGUUUCCAACAUCGUACAGGCAGUAUUAAACAACACAACAAUGGCCAUAUAACGGUAAAUGCCGGUCAACAGUCACCUUCUACGGCGGCGGCGGCAGCAGCAGCUGCUGCAGCGGCAGCCCAGGCCCAUUGGAAAUCGGCAGCCAUGAAUGGCUUCUCACCGGCCACGUUGAACAGUAGUGCAAGGUCACGAGGUCCGUUUGUUACGCAUGUAACUUUGGGUCCCUCCAACAAUAACAACAUUGCUGCCGGGCAGCAACAACAGCCUACAUAUCAAACUGUGCAAAAACAUCAUCACAAUCUACAGCAGCAACAACAACAGCAGCAGCAACAGCACCAACACCAUUCCCAGUCCCAAUAUUCGGGACCCAUUGCCGGUCCUCAGCACACGACGGCCACAGCAUCAAAGGUGUGACUAUAGGCAAACGUUCUUCGCCAGUGUCUGGGCGAAGACGUUGUUGUUCGUGGAAUUAGCAGCAAAACGAAAAUUACUACUUCAACCAAAACAAAAGUUAAAAUUCCUUGUACGACUACUAGUGAUUCAUCAUCAGCGGCGGCGGCAGCUGAUCCGGUGGACUCGAAGCAACUUAGGACUGGCAAUCGUGGCCCCAACGAUGAUGAUGAUAAUGACGACGAAGAUGAUGAUAUUGUGGAAAUUUUCUACUUUGCCACUGAAUGUUGAACGAACGAUGACAAUUAGUUUUUUAAAUGUAGGUGUAAACGAACCCAAAGGGAUUGAAUAUUCAAAAAAAUAUAAAAACAAAAUGAAGCCUUGAUUUGGUUGAUGAUGUGUGUGAGUAAAGUUCGCUAAGUGGUAAGAAUGUUUUAUAAAUAUAUAUAUAUUUUCCAAUACAUACAUAAAUAUAUUCUUCUUCUAGAAUGCUAUAGAAUUUGAUUGGUGUCGGGAUCAGGGAUGAAAUAAAAUUAUUUUAAUGUUUGUAAAACUUUUCAGAAAGAUGAGAGGGUUACCUUUUGAUCCCGACACCAAUCAGACUCCAUAACAGCCUCCUUCAAAAAAAAAACUAAUUAUAAAUAAAACCAAAUUCUAAUAUAUCAAUAUUAAUUAUUUUCUUAUAUAAUUAUUGUUAAAUAAAUUUUGUUGUAAUUUUUUCUUGACUAUAAAUUAAAAAAAAACAAAGCUCACACACAUACACAUAAAUGCGAAUUAUAAGCAAAUAUAAUUAUAGUAUAAACACAAGUGCAAAGUUUUUUGAAAAUCUUAAAUUUUCAAAAAAGUAAAAAUGAAAAACAAAAAUCCUCUACUCUAUAUAUAUUGUUAAAUAAAAAAAUUAUUUACUUAUAUAAAUAAUUAUUAAUAAACAACAAAACAAUCGACAAACUUAA